CUCUCACUCUCUUUCUCUCUGCUUCAUAACCACAAUGCAAAACCCAACCCAAAAGCCUUUGUUUUUUUCUCUCUCUCUCUUCUUCUUAAACCUUUCUUUCUCUACAUUUUUUAUGCCUUGCCCUUGAGUGUUUGUUUUGUGCUUUCUUUCCUUUCUUUUGUCUGGACAGAAUUGCCCCUGCUGGAAGCUGAAAACUACUGAAGCCUUUUGCUGUUGCAACUUUCUGCAAGCAAAAUGAGAUGCGGAAUUUGGGGAAUUUUUUGAGCUCCUAGGUGCUUGAAUUUGGAAGAAAUUUUUAAGGCUGAUCUUGGUUGAAGUGCUGUUGCUUGAACUGAACUGAAAUGAAUUGAAUUGAACAACCCCCUCUCUUCGGAGCUCCUUUAUUGAUCGAGUUUUUCUUGUGUAGAAAAUGAUUCUGACAAAGCAAUAUAGGUGUGUACACUCAGCUAGUUGUCAAUGCACCAAGGGGCAUUUAAGUGAAGAUGUGUUAUUCUUGGUUUUUCAUCGUUUGAAUUGGAACCCCAAGUUAAUUGCCACUCUGUCAUGUGUGUGCAAAUGGUUCGAUGAUCUUGCGAAGCGAGUACUGUGGAAGGAGUUUUGUCGAACAAGAGCUCCUAAGAUGAUGCUUGAUCUGCAAUCAAGCGGAAGCCAUAGUAUUGACGGAAACUGGAGGCCCCUAGGGAAGCUGCUUACGUACUGUUCCGGAUGCAAGAGAGGUGGUUUGUUCAGAAACAUUCAGAUCCCCGGUCACUUUGUAUAUCGGACUAGGUUUUCUAGAACAUCAGGAAAGAGCUUUCUUUUACCACAGUGCAGAAAUGAUGUUUUAUAUGUGUCUGAUCCUUGCGAACAUCUUGACCAAGGUGAAGAAGGGGAUUUAGGAUUCUUCCGUGGAAUUUUCAAGUCUUUUGCGACCUCGAAUGUAAGGAGGAUGCUUAAUAACAAGGCUGCCAGGCUCCAUCCAACAGAGGUUUGCCCUUAUUGUAAGGCAAAGUUGUGGAGCAUGCUGCAGGCUAACAUGAUCCCGCAAAGUGCUAGUUGCAGGUUGGGUUCAUAUGAAGAUUGCAUCGAGUAUUAUGUUUGCCUUAAUGGGCACAUGCUUGGGAUCUGCACCCUGUUACCAUUAUCUGAAUCAGAAGAGGCAUCUGAGAAGGACUAAGAUUGUAAUGAUUCUCAGGAUAGAGUAUGGGGGAUCAAUUAAGUCUUGACUUCUCUAAAGAUAAUUUCUUGGUACAUUCAAGUAAAAAUCAUGUUAAAAGCAAGUUGCCAAUUCCUCCUUUUAUUAUCACACAUGUUAACAGAAACCACUUUAUAGAAUCAAGAACAAAGCCUGUUCGCCCUUUAGGGAUGCUUGAUAGUUCAUGAUUUUAGUAUGGUACAUAUGGACAAGAUACUUGGUAGUUUGAGAGGAGUCUUCACAAGUGGAAGUCAAGAAGCUUCUUCUAUAUUUUACCAGAGAGUAGGAAGCAAAGUUUCAAGGAGAAAUUAUUGGGUACUUAUGGGAGCACUUAAUAUCUAGGUUGAUUAUUCUCCAUCUAUUAAUAUAAUAACUUUCAAAUGAAAAUACAAUUCUUACCAUAAAAAAGAACACUGAUAUCUCGAUAGAUGGAGCGUAAUCCACCAAAGUGCUCUACGAGUAUGCAAUAAUUUCUUAAGAGUAGAAGAAUACGCUGAAAGGUGUACGAAUGCUUGGAUUGCCUACUUUUUACUUUGAAGUCCUCACAAUAUGACAUUUCUUCAAU